UCGAGAGUUCCAUAAAUGCCUGACCCAGAGAAGGAGGAGAAAGAAGCAAACAUGUUCCAUGAAAUCCUGCAGGCCAGUGAGCAGAUAUUAGGCAGGACACACCAUUGGGAUGUUUCUCUCACUGAGAUCCAGUCUGACAACGGUGAUGAGGAGCCGGAAGGAGUCCCUUCUGAUAAUUAUGUGGACGGCACCACCGGGGUGGUGAGUGCAGGUGGAGGAAGAAAGCCCAUGAAAGCGUUUGCUGUCCUGCGAGAGAAAGCGAACGAACAGCAGAGACAGUUGGGGAAAGUCGGCAAGAAUCACCCAAGCCACGACGAGUCGAAGAAGUUACGGCUACCGUCCAUGAGGGUCAGUUGGCAAACACUGGGGCGCGGGGAAAGGGAAGCUGAAAAAGUCGACAGCAUUAGUCUGGUUUCAGCUGCAGACUCCCAGGGGGAAAACAUCAAUCGUGUGAUGGGGGGGCGGUCCCAGAAGAACCUUCUUUCCCCGCAGUGCAAGAUGUCGGUGAACGGCCAGCGAGGAGAGUGCUGGUGCGUGAACCCCUUCACCGGGAAGGUGAUCCAGGGGGCACCCACCGUCCGCGGAGACCCGGAGUGCCACCUCUUCUACACGCCGCAAGAGCAGGAGGAUCGGGGCGCGCACGCCCUGCGCAUGCAGUAGCCGGACGCGUUCCUGCUCCGUGGAGACAGCUCGGCCUGUCCCCAGUGCUGGAUUUUACAUGGGUUUCAGCGUGUCUAUUUAUACUCUGAAAGCAACUGGCUUUGUGCACUGCCCGGGGCCCUCGCUCUCUUGCCUCCAGCCCCGGGGGGCAGGACGGGGCUGGGCGUGCGGUGCCGGGGGGGCAGGGGCAGCUCUUGCUUUUCUUUCGGCUUUCCCGUCACCGAGAGCGAGAGCCGUGGCGGCUGUUGGCUCUGCCCCCCUCCGCAGUGUGCUUGGGAUGAGCGUGCUUCCAGAGACACCCCCCCCCGCCAAGCGAUAGCCUAGUGCAAGUAAAUCGGGCCCCUGCCGGAGGCGGAGGGGAAAGCCAAGCCGCCCUGUGCAACGUAGAGUCCUGCGCUCCCUGGACGUCUCCAAAGAGCCCCGGUGAUCGUGCUCAGAACGAGAUGGCUGGAAAUCUUUGCCCCCCGAGACCAAAGACUGUAAAUAAUGCAGGUCGCCUCCGCUGGACGCUCUCCGCCGGGCCCGGCUGCCGCGUGCCUGCCACGGGAGGGGGAAUUCCCGCGGCCCCCGUCGGAUCGCGCCAGGGCGCAGCUCAGCUGCUCCCUCCAGGGGCCACGGAGAGAGAGCGGAGCCGCCACCGCAGCGCCAGCCCCCUGCCCUGCGCGCUCACGUCUAGGCUGCUCCGCGGGGGGCUCGUUCUCAGCAGCAGGCCCUGAGUUACGACCCAACUCGUCAGGCGCCAGUCUGGGGCCGGGCCGGGCGACCUCGCCUCUGGUGGCCGGGAGCCUGACCGGUACGGGGGUAAUCCAGGGCCUGACCCUGAGAAGGGCCGGCCACCUGUGGUUAAAUUGCUGCUGUUGGAUGUGUCCCUGCGGGCCCUACGUUUUUUAGUGGAAGGAGCAAAUGCGGGGGGAGGGUUCUUGCAGAUUUAGGGUAACAGUCCAGGGAGUGUGUCUCUCUCUUUCGAAAUAGCAAAAACCCAUCUAAAACCUGCACUCCCACACGGCUGCCAACGUCCCUCGGACGGGGCAGGGAGCAUCAGCCAUUCAGUGCAGUAUAGAUAGUGCUUUGUAAAGCCCUGCACACACGCGCGCGCACACACACACACACACACACACACACAGAGAGACAUGUGUGCGCGCACACAGACAGGUGUGCAUGCACACAAAAGCGUGCGCACACAGAGGCAUGCACACACACACAGGUGCGCAUACACACACAGACAGGCGUGCACACAGACAGGCGUGUGCGCACGCGCACAGACAGGCGUGUGCGCACGCGCACAGACAGGCGUGUGCGCACGCGCACAGACAGGCGUGUGCGCACGCGCACAGACAGGCGUGUGCGCACGCGCACAGACAGGCGUGUGCGCACGCGCACAGACAGGCGUGUGCGCACGCGCACAGACAGGCGUGUGCGCACGCGCACAGACAGGCGUGUGCGCACGCGCACAGACAGGCGUGUGCGCACGCGCACAGACAGGCGUGUGCGCACGCGCACAGACAGGCGUGUGCGCACGCGCACAGACAGGCGUGUGCGCGCGUGCGCACACACACACAGGCGCGCACGCACACACACAGACAGGCGUGCGCGCGCACACACACAGGCGCGCACACACACAGGUGCGCACACACACAGACAGGCGCGCGCGCGCACACACACUCAGAGACAGGCGCGCGCGCACACAUUCUUUCUCUCUCGUAUAGAUUUAAUAAACAACGCCAGGAGCGGCAGGUGCUUUUGCCCUGAGGCUCAGGAGCCGAGGCCGUCUCUGCGGUUCCUUUACACGCGUCAUUUGUUCCUGCAGGAAACACCCAGAGGCGGGGAACAAGCAGCGAGCUUUUCUUUGCCUCCGGGGGACAGCUGCAGGGCAGUGACCCAUAGCACAACCCCUGGCUUUUAGAAGACGUGUCUACGUUCAGAGGGAGACGGGGCCCGCCCCUGCCUCAAACCCCUGAGCCGCUUUUGCCGCGGGCAGGGAAGUCGCAGCGCCUGGGUGCAAGUGGUUUCAUUUCGCAGGUGCUGGUGAGCCGGCAGGACUGGGAUUGGGAAGCCAAGGCAGAGCACGUGGGCCAGGAGUGGGGAGCUGGCCGAGUUGCUGGAGCCAGCAGUAGCCCUCGUGGACGGGCAGGCCGAAGAUGGACCGGGUUUUGGAAAACCUUCCAGCAGACAGCAAGUCCCUCCGCGGGGAAGCAAUGCAGGGACGCGCUGGGGGGGCAGUAACCAGCCACCGGCGCGUCCGAGUCCCUCGGAGGAGCUGCCGAGGGGGUGGAGCGCACCGUGUGCUGCCCAGAGACCUGGCGGAGGGGCUGCAUCUGGCCAGAAGUGGGCCUGUUUUUACCUGCCGAAAUGAAAGGCGGGGGCUUCUAAUGUCGCACAACUCCCGGCCUGGGCGUUCCCUCCGCUCGCUUGCUGAAACCUGGGGUAGGGUGAGACCAGACUGACCCCUUCUCCUUUUGCUCUCAGUAGUUGCUGCCCCGUUUACUGUACUUUCUCGUGAUCAAGUUGGCCCUUGGCGAGAAGAAGAACAGAACCAGUGCCUUCUAUUGGUAAAUAUCCCCCUGCCUUGAGCACAUACACGCACACAGCAUCUUCGUUACCAGUAACAGCUGCAGGCUUAAAGGCAGCUGCUGAGCAGUCACGGCCAAAGGAAGCCUCAAGGGUUAAGUCACACCCAGAAAAAAAAAUAAUCAGGAAGGGAUCCAAAUGCCCCAUGGAAUCAGCAACUAACACGCACUGAACCCACGGCAGUAACCCCCCAGCUCCUCCCUCUGUGGGGCAGAGGAAGAGGAGAUUAAAAGGAGGUUAGGAAGGAGAUUAAAAAGGGAGGGGCAGGAGUCCUCUCGGUUGUGCAUUUGCGUGUCUGUGUGCGUGUGCGCGCGCGCAAAGCCUCGGCGUCGUACAAAUUGGUGCUACCUGUUUUCUGUUAACAUCCGAGGGGGUUUGUUCUGCUUUUCACGUAAUGCUAGCGAGCAUCUGCUGCGGUCUGCAGUGUGUACCUUCUGUUUUGUUUAGAAAUCAUUAUGCUUUUUUUUUUUUCUUUUCUCUUUUGGAAAAGCUGAACUACAUAAAGUUGGAAUAAAUUAAACAAGAUGCCAAAAAAGUG